UGCUUCAUUCCUCUGUUUGAGCUAUUUUGCGAUGUGGGAUCUUUCAAGACUUUGAUCUUGCCGUCUCUCUUCUGCAUCUUGCUCAAGCAAAGGUCAUAUUUCCCUUCUUCCAUCAUGUCAGAUCUUGAGGCUCCUCUGCGCCCCAAGAGGAAGAAGAUCUGGGUGGACUACUUUGUCCAGUUCCGCUGGAUUAUUGUUAUCUUUGUCGUACUCCCUAUCUCCUGCUUCAUUUAUUUCCUCACCUAUCUUGGGGAUGUCAAAUCUAACUGGAAGUCUUACAAGCAGCGUCAGAAGGAACAUGAUGAGAAUGUCAAAAAAGUUGUUAAACGCCUCAAGCAGAGAAACCCAUCAAAGGAUGGUCUUGUCUGCACGGCACGCAAGCCAUGGAUUGCUGUUGGGAUGCGGAAUGUUGACUAUAAGCGAGCCCGACAUUUUGAGGUUGAUCUCGCAGCCUUCCGAAACAUUCUUGAAAUUGACAGAGAUAGAAUGAUUGCAAGGGUUGAGCCCCUUGUCAACAUGGGCCAAAUAUCCAGGGUCACAGUCCCAAUGAACCUUGCCCUUGCUGUGGUUGCUGAGCUCGAUGAUCUCACUGUUGGUGGCCUCAUCAAUGGUUAUGGGAUUGAAGGGAGCUCCCACCUCUAUGGUCUCUUCUCUGAUACUGUGGUUGCUUAUGAGAUUGUACUUGCAGAUGGGAGAUUGGUGAGGGCAACCAAAGACAAUGAGUACUCUGACCUGUUCUAUGCAAUCCCAUGGUCUCAAGGAACGCUUGGGCUUCUUGUUGCUGCUGAAAUCAAGCUCAUACCUAUUAAAGAGUACAUGAAGCUGACCUACAAACCUGUAGUGGGUAAUUUGAAGGACCUUGCCCAAGCUUAUGUGGAUUCCUUUGCACCUCGAGAUGGAGAUCAGGAUAACCCUGCAAAGGUUCCAGACUUUGUCGAAGGCAUGAUCUAUACCCCCACAGAGGCUGUUUGCAUGACUGGGAGAUAUGCUUCGAAGGAAGAGGCAAAAAAGAAGGGGAAUGUGAUCAACAAUGUGGGAUGGUGGUUCAAGCCCUGGUUUUAUCAGCAUGCUCAGAAGGCACUCAAGAAAGGGGAAUUUGUUGAGUACAUUCCUACCAGGGAGUACUAUCACCGGCACACAAGAUGUCUGUACUGGGAGGGAAAGCUGAUCCUACCAUUUGGUGAUCAAUGGUGGUUCAGGUGGACCCUAGGUUGGCUGAUGCCUCCCAAGGUUUCUCUGCUAAAGGCCACUCAAGGUGAAGCAAUCAGAAACUAUUACCAUGAGAUGCAUGUGAUACAGGACAUGCUUGUUCCACUGUACAAGGUUGGAGAUGCACUAGAGUGGGUCCACCGGGAGAUGGAGGUUUACCCCAUCUGGCUCUGUCCACACAGACUGUUUAAAACCCCUAUUAAAGCUAUGAUUUAUCCUGAACCUGGGUUUGAGCUUCAACAAAGGCAGGGAGAUACAGAGUAUGCUCAGAUGUACACAGAUGUUGGGGUCUACUAUGCUCCAGGGCCUGUCUUGAGGGGUGAGGAGUUUGAUGGAUCUGAGGCUGUCCGUCGGAUGGAGGACUGGUUGAUUGAGAACCAUGGGUACCAGCCACAGUAUGCUGUGUCUGAGCUGAAUGAAAAGAACUUCUGGAGGAUGUUUGAUGCUUCGCUUUAUGAGCAAUGCCGGAACAAGUAUGGAGCUGUGGGAACAUUCAUGAGUGUUUACUACAAGUCCAAGAAGGGAAGAAAGACUGAGAAGGAAGUGCAGGAAGCUGAGCAAGCACACCUUGAGACUGCAUAUGCUGAGGCUGAUUAGCUAUUGUGUUGAUUCCAUGAAAAAUCUUGCUGGAGCUCAACUCAUCGGCCCGAUGCGAAUAU